AUGGCUAUUAAGCCAAGCCAGUUCGAGGACGCGAGCUUGCGCAAAAUUUGUGACAAGGUUUUGAGUGGUGAGGCCAAGGAGGCCAUAACUGACAGUGAGGGCGUUCUGAGGAUUAAGCAGCGUGUCUUCUUCCCUUGUGUUGAUGAUUUAAUUCGAAAGAUUUUAGAGGAGUCUCACAGUUCUAGAUACUCUAUUCAUCCUGGUGCUACCAAGAUGUAUCACGACUUGAGGAAACACUAUUGGUGGGCUAGGGUGAAGCAUGAUAUCGUUGAGUUUGUUUCACAGUGUCUAAAUUGGCAGCAGGUCACCUAUACUACUACGAAGUUGGCCCAGAUUUAUAUCUGUGAGAUUGUUCGUCUGCAUGGGGUACCUAUUUCCAUCGCAACUGAUAGAGACACGACAUUCGCAUCCCAGUUUUGGAGGACAUUGGAGUCUGCGUUGGGCACUAGGUUGGAUCUUAGCACAACUUUUCACUCUCAAACAGAUGGCCAGUCUGAGCGGAUGAUUCAGAUUGUGUGCCAGAGACAUCUUCCAAACCUCAUAUCUAGUGUCAGGCCAGUUCCAGAUCAGAUCCGAGGGUGA